AUGGUUGCAGAAACUAAGCUGUACGAUUCCUUGGGUAUCAAACCCGAUGCAUCACAAGACGAAAUAAAAAAAGCAUAUCGGAAGGCCGCAUUGAAAUACCAUCCGGACAAGAACAAGGAUAACCAGACCGCGUCGGAGAAAUUCAAAGAGGUCUCACAGGCCUACGAAGUUCUGUCUGAUCCCGAAAAGCGCAAGAUCUAUGACCAAUUCGGCCUCGACUAUCUGAUGCGGGGCGGGCCGGCCCCUCCGCCCGGUGGUGGUGCUGCUGGCGGUCCCGGUGGAAGUCCAUUCGACGGUGGAAUGCCGGGUGGAUUCUCAUUCGGAGGCAUGCCUGGAGGAGGCGGUGCCCGGACAUUCCGUUUCUCAACCGGCCCUGGCGGAAGCAGCGGCUUCCAGUUUAGCUCUGCAGAUGAUAUCUUCCGGAACUUCGCCAAGGCUGGUGGCAGUGGAAUGGACAAUGACGAUCUGUUUGAUAUUCUGGGCGGUGGUCUCGGAGGCGGCGGCGGCGGCCGUAGCUUCCGCUCAAGCCGUGGUCCUGGUGGCUUCCAGCAAUCUCAGCGCGCACCUACCCCCGAACCGACCGUGGUCGAAAAGGAGUUACCAUUGACACUGGAAGAGUUGAUGCGCGGAACCACGAAGAAGGUAACCGUAAAGAGCAAGACUUUCGACGCGAGCGGAAAGCGCACCGUCCAAGAUGUGACACUCGAAGCGAACAUCAAGCCGGGCCUGCGGACCGGCUCGAAGAUCAAAUACAGAGGUGUGGGCGAUCAAGAAGAGGGCGGCAGACAGGAUGUCCACCUGAUUGUAACAGAGAAAGAACAUCCGAACUUCAGACGCCAAGGUGAUAACCUCAUCACGACCGUCGAAAUCAGUUUGAAAGAGGCCCUCACCGGCUGGGACCGGAUCGUGCGCACAAUCGAUGGGAAAUCGAUCCGUGUAUCCAAACCCGGCCCAACACAGCCCGGCUACGAGGAAAGGUUCCCAGGCCAAGGCAUGACGAUAUCAAAGAAGCCGAGUGAGCGAGGCGACCUGAUCGUUCAUGUGAUAGUUCGGUUCCCAGCCAGUUUGUCAGCUGCUCAGAAAGAUAUCCUUAAAGAUGUGCUUCCGUAA